AUGAGUGUUCAGGCCGCCGUGGCUUUCCUCAAUAAAUCCCCUAGUGGACCCACAUCAAAUCCAAUAAAGAAUGGACCUGUGGGUGCACCUCUUGCAAAGCUCAAGACAUGGAAACCACCAAUCGAUGAACGAAAAAAAGAAGUCAAACACAUAAAGCCUAUAGCUGGCGUAUCGUCCGUGCGCAAUAUGUUUGCAAAUCAACUAAACAACGAACCCCCUCUCCCACUCAUACCCGCAAAACACCAACAUAUAUCGACCCUAAAAAAGUCUACACAAAUACCACAAACACCAACGCAAACGCAAACACCAGCAGCAGCACCAGCAGCAACACCAACAACAACAACAACAACGACGACAACGACAACGACACUAAAAUCACUACCUCAACAAGUGGCACCAACCCAGAAUACUGAUAAACAUCGCAAGCCAAAGACAGUAACAUCAUACGACAUCUCUGCCAUAAGUCGUAUAACUCAAGAGCUCGAGGAUCUCUAUAAAGAAUCACUUGAUGAAUAUUCAGUCGCAACCGAGAAAAUCAAGCAAUUAGAAUCAGAUAUCGAACGAUUCUCUUCGGACGUCACAAAAGCCCGCGAUUACGAGAUCCGUGUCGAGUAUCUAGCCCAGAAACUCGAACAGAUCUCCGAGGAAAGGGACAACCUCGAACAGGAACUGAUGAUGUACCGCCAGAGAGGUGGUAGCAGUCUGGAUACACCUGUCUCGGGUGUAUUUGACCCUCUUCCCAAUGGAUUCGCCCACAGCAGUCGGUCGGUCGCUAGCCAUGAAAAAACCCGACUAUUGGAUCUCCAGGAGGCUGAAAACGAGGCGUUCCUGACGGGUAUCCUCGAUGCUUAUGAACAACACUCGACGGAUGAUCCUGAAGACUAUCAGCAGAUCGCACCAAUUAUCCACGACCAACAGGCCGCACAAGAGAUCGCCCGUCUCACGGAACAACUCCUGGCUUGUGACAGGGGUGUACAAAUGACAGUGGAAAAAUAUGUCACCGAACUCGAAAAGGAACGGUUGGAGACAAAAGCAUUAUCAGAAGUAGUAAAAAAACAAGAAGAGCUUAUUAUUCGACUGGAGAACAAACUCCAAAGUGUACCACCAGUAAAAGAGAUAUCAUCGAAUGAUGUACCAAAAUCACCAGUAAACCUCAUUGAGAAUAGCUCGCGUGUAUCUACUGGCAAUGAAGAUCUUUUGCGUGAACAAGUGGAACUACAACGGAUCGAAAUUGAAGACAAACAGGAAAUGCUGACUCACCUAUUAACAGAGCGAAACAGUCUUUUAAGGAUUUCCCAUGACCCUUCCCGUCCAUCGUCUGUCCGGUCAUCCAUUGAUGUCCUAGCCGAGUUUGCUCGUCCUGGGCUAACUAUGUCUGGAAACAAUAGCAGCACAAGCUUAUUAGAUUCCAUUCGGACAUCAGCUUAUUCUCAGCACCUUGCUAGAUUUUCACGUAGCAGCCAGGUCAGCCAAACAAUCUUCAUGGAAUCACCCAUCAGUGCUCGUGCCAUGACUCCCCCUCCAAGUGGUCCACCUGCCAUGCCUCCUCCUCCAGUUCCUGCUCAAGUUCAAGCUUUGGCUCAAAAGGAUUCACGCCGGAAUUCUAUUGAGAGUCUACAUGCGUCCACAUCCACCUCAUCCUCGUCUGCUUCCUGGUCUUCAAACGAGUACAGUGAACGUAUCCCCAAUCAACCUCAGUCCACAGCUGUGUACGAAGAAUACAAACCACCGGCCAACUAUAUUCAACACGCUCCAACCACUUUGUCUGACCCUCCAAUGAUGAUCCUUUACGAUCCACCAGUCGAUAACUACCGUCACUUUGAAGCAAACCAGUCCAAGACCUCUUCCAUGUCCUCAACUUCAUUCUUGCGUCUGAGCAAUGGCCCAGCCGAAGCUCUCUCUAAAGAACCUAAGAAGCACAAUAGGUUUUGGAAGGCAUGGAAGCAAAAAUAA